AUGGGGGAAGCAGCGCAGAGAAUCAACAAGUUCUCCCUAGGCCGAGCGCUCCUCCUGGAUCCGCCACCGCCUCCGCCGCGCCCCCGGCCCCUCUCCGCUCGGCCCUCGCCUCCCCACGUGACCUCCGGCUUCGCAGCGGCCCUCCGGGCGCCCGCACCCCUCCGCACCCCUGCCCGCGCUCCCGGCAGCAGCCGAAGUCCGGGGCUCGUCAGCCCCAGGCUCGCCAGACCGCGCCGGGCGCCCUCCCCGGCCCUAGCUGCCUUCCCGGCGGACCGGCCGGGCGGGAAGGUCAAGAUUCCCGAAUCCCACAGGACGGUCCCCAAAGUUGUCUGGACCCCCUCAGCCCCGGGCCUCGCCUUCUCCAGAGCCCCCGCGGCCGCGCCCAGAGGCUGGGCCGGCGCCGGCGGGUGGAACCUCUCUGAUCCACCGCGCCCGGCGCUGACUUCGGGGAUCCGGGGCGCACGGAGGCCGGAGCAGCUGCGGCAAGCCAGGGAAACUUCCCCCCAGCACCCACCUUUAGCCGCGAGGAGGCGGCGCCGCCGGCUGUCCGCACCGCCGCCGCCACUGCCGCUCCCCACGCCCAGCGCCAGCAGGAGCGGCACCCAGCACAGCCGCCCAGGCAGCAUCCUCGCCGCCGCCGCCGCCGCCCACGGCCCACGCCGGCUCUCGCUUCCCGGUGUCCGCCGCGCUGUGCCGCCCGGUGCGCUCUGGGCGCCGCCGCCGCCGCCGCCGCCUCACCCGGCUUCCGCCGCCCUCCGCCGCGCCGCUCGCUCGCUCUCUCGCUCGCCGGUAGCAGCCGCGCUCACUGGCGCGGACCCCGAGCGGCUCCGGCGCUCACCCCGGGACGGCCCGUGA